UUUCCUCUUUCUUUCCGGCUCUCCAUGUGGCACGAAUAACACGUUUUUUCCGUAACUAAUAUAAAAAACGAAAUAAUCAUGUCUGGAGGACUUGACGUACUGAAAUUGACUGAAGAUGACGUCACUAAGAUGUUGGCUGCCACCACCCACGUUGGUCCAGAUAACUCUGAGACCUGCAUGGAGCAGUACAUCUUCAAGAAGAGGAACGAUGGUGUGAACAUUAUCAACCUGAAGAAGACUUGGGAGAAGAUGGUCCUCGCUGCCCGCGCUAUCGCUGCUGUUGAGAACCCCGCCGACGUUUUCGUCGUUGCCAGCAGGCCAUUUGCCCAGCGUGCCUGCCUGAAGUUUGCUCGUUAUAUCGGAGCUACUCCCAUUGCUGGACGUUUCACUCCUGGAGCAUUUACCAAUCAGAUCCAGGCUGCAUUCAGGGAACCCAGGCUUCUGGUUAUCUCCGACCCCAGGACUGAUCAUCAGCCCGUAACGGAGGCCAGCUAUGCCAACAUCCCAAUCGUUGCCUUCUGCAACAUCGAUUCUCCAACCAAGUUUGUUGAUAUUGCAAUCCCCUGCAACAACAAGUCUGCUCACAGCAUUGGAUUGAUGUGGUGGUUCUUGGCCAGGGAGGUUCUAAGGCUCAGGGGAUCCAUCUCCAGGGAUAUGCAGUGGGAGGUUAUGCCCGAUCUGUUCUUCUACCGUGACCCUGAGGAGGCUGACAAGGAGGAGAGGGAGAGGUUAGAGGCUGCUGAAGCAUCCAAACCCGAGAUGGCAGUUCCCUCCAAGGAAGACUGGGGAGGUGAUGCUGACGAUUGGGCCGCAGAUGCCGCUGCUGCUCCCGCCCUUGCAGCUACUGCUGCUGCUCCCGCCGCUGCUUCCUUCCAGGUGACCGAAGACUGGUCCGCUACCCAAGAAACCACUGAUUGGGCCGCACAGACUGCUGCUGCUCCCGCCCCUGCUGAAUCGUGGGGUGGAGCUAACGCUUCCCAGUGGUAGAAAUCAGCUGAUUCAUCCAUCUUGAAAAUGUUGGCGCCAAAAUCGGCCAUCUUGGUGAUGGCCGUCACGACUGUGUCGCCGGAUCACGGUUGGAAAAAUGUAAAAAUUGUCUUUAUUGAAUAAAAGAUAUUGACAGCCCA